AUGCGUUUAUAUAAAGCUACAAACAAUUUUAAGAACAAUUCCAAGAUUUUGAUACACAUUAAUGGGAUUUGCUUGUUAGCACGUCUCCUUCUUGUUUUCGCUCUGAAUAAUUCCAAGAUUUUGCUUGUUAAGCACCAUGCAAGCACUUCCACUAAAUCGCAACAACGACCAUCUUCGCCAUGGCUAGACCUCUUCUUCUUCCUCUGUUCUCAGCUCUUCUUCUUGCUGCCGCCGUUACACAAUCCGAAGCUUUUUCCAAAACAGUGA